AUGCUUAGCAUCAAUAGUCAAAAGAUGUUCCCACUCAAAGAAGGCUUGGGUAUGGGUCCAGAGACGCAGCUGGGCCUCGUCUCCGACACCAUAUUUUGCCCCUCUCUGUCCCAGUCUCCCUCCCUGCCUUUGGUGUGUACGAGGUCGAAAACCGAGGUACUCGCGCCUACCCGGUACCACCGCCCCUGUCGAGACGAGUUUCGUCACAGCCCAUCAUCGUCCGAUAUCACAAAACCCGUGUCCCUCUUUUUUCUUCCUCGUCUUCUCUCACCAUCUCAACUCCUCGUCUCACGAUCACCAACCAAGUACACCUCCCAUACCUAUACCACCAAACAGCCACCAAUACUCCGUACCAUACAACGAACACACGGCCUCAAGCAAGACGCAUACAACGCACGAACCCGCACACGCACGCCAAGAGAUCUGCACGCUCACACACACACCUUUUCGGGCUUUCACUCUUAA